UCGACGUCGUGACGUCAAGACGCUGGGUUGGGGAUCCCGGAAGUGUACUCGCAUUGUUUACAUUCUCCUCUUUGUUCCGCCAAAAAUGUCCAAAAAACGGUCAAAGAGCUCCGAGAACCGGAACCAGCGGGAGACCCGGAGCCACCGGGGGAACCGGAGCCUGCGGACAGCGGUGGACGAGCAGCUGGCGGCGGCCGCGGAGGAGAUCUUGUGGCUGCUGAAGGAGCGCGGUCAGACGGAUGAGGAGGAGCAGCUGAAGGAGCUGGUGAAGGAGCGGAUCACCGCGGCCGUGGAGCUCAUCUUCACCGCGUUCAGAGCCUCUAGAGCGGCCGACAGAGGACCGGAGGAGCCCGCUGGAACGGGAGCCGACAGGAGAGAGUUUAGUCUCUCUGAUGGAGAACAUCCGAAGCAGAACAUCUCUGUGGACCGACUUAAGGAUCCUCUGCCCGGCACUUCCUCCAGACCAGACCAUGUUUCUGAACAGGACCAGCAAUCUGACUUUUUGGACGAUCUGGCCGGCAAGGAGGAAGAGGAUGAGAGCGAGGAUGAUGAAGCGACACCUCACUGCUGCAGAGUGUGCGGGAAGUCAUUUGACAGGAAAGGGUUUUUGAUGAAACAUGUGGAGAAACACUUGAAGGAGGAGGAGUAUCUUUGCGGUCUGUGUGGCGAGAGUUUGGAGUCCAGCGACGGUCUGAGGCUGCACCUUCAAACGCACCGCGACAGCAGCAGGACCUGCGACGUCUGCGGCAAGAAGUUCCCCUCAAUCCGCGCUCAGGAGACGCACCGGAGGCUGCACACCGGAGAGAAACCCUUCCGCUGCCACGUCUGUGGCAAAGGCUUCAACCAGAAGGGCAACAUGGUGACGCACCUGAGGAUCCACACGGCGGAGAAGCCGUUCAGGUGCACUGUCUGCCACAAAGAGUUCAGCCACACCGGCUCUCUGGAGCGACACAUGAAGGCCCACGAUGGGCAGACGCCGUUCAGCUGUAAAGUCUGCGGGAAAGGCUUCAGCAAGAGCGCCGAGCUGAGGCGACAUGUUCGUAGCCACGAGUCUGACGACACGCCCGCCGCCGCCGCGCCUGCCGCCAGGAGCAGACGCAGGAAGCCGAGUCUGACUCCUUCUCACUGCUGCAAGGUCUGCGGGAGUGCCUUUCACAAUAAAGGUAAUUUUGUGCGGCACGCAGAUACGCAUUUAAAUGACCCUGAAUGUCGCUGUGGCGUCUGCGGAGAGCAGGUGGAGUCCUCAGAGUGUCUGCAGCUUCACAUCCAAAGCCACAGAGAAACCAGCAGGAUCUGCGACAUCUGUGGCAUCAGCUUCAGGGACAUGGAGAUCCACAUGAGGACGCACACUGGCCAGAAACCCUUCAACUGCAAAGACUGUGGCAAGGACUUCCCCAGGAAAGGCUCUCUGGAGAGACACAUGAAGCUGCAUGCCGGCGAGAGGCCGUACAUCUGCGAGUUCUGCGGGAAGACUUUCAUUGAAAACACCGUCUUGAAGAGACACAUCAAGAGCCACAUGGGAGGGAAGCCCAGGAUUUACUCCUGUGAGGUCUGCAGCAAAAAGUUCACCAUGAGCCAGCAUCUGGACGUGCACAAGAGGAUCCACACCGGGGAGAAACCGUACACCUGCAGGGUCUGUGGCAAGAACUUCCGGCAGAUCGGCAACCUGGACUCCCACAUGAGGAUCCACACAGGCGAGAAGCCGUUCAUCUGCAGCCUCUGCGGGAAGAGGUUUCGCCAGAAGAUCUCGCUGGAGACGCACGAGAGGUUCCACAAGAAAGAGAAACCGUUCAGCUGCCAGCUCUGCAGCAAAGGCUUCGUCCAGAAGAUCGACCUGAAGAGACACAUGCUGACUCAUACCGGGGAGAAACCCUACAGCUGCCAGGUCUGCGGGAAGAGCUACCAGGAGAAACGCUCGGUAGAUUCGCACAUGAAGGUUCACACCGGAGAACGGGCUGUCAAAGACUCAGUGGUGACGCCGAACCCGAAACAACAGGAAGGAGUUCACUCUGACUUCAUCCAGCUGUGAACAGCUGCUGCUGUUGAAAAGUAAUCUGCUGCCACAAAGCUUGGCUGUGUCCAGUCAGAUGUCUGAGAAGACUAGUCUAUAUGUCUAAUGGUUUUUCAUGCUCUUAGCUUGUAGAACGACCUCUUUAUAAAUCUAUGUUAUUUAGUUUAGUAGAUGGAAAACAAGACGCUGGUUCAGCCAGACGGACAACCGAAAGAGACGUCGCUCAGAGCAACAGUUGACUCAGAAGAGAAGAAAUCAGCAGUCAUUGGUAAAACAAACUGGAAGCUGCAGAUUUAAAGGGACUGUUUGAAACUUCUUACAGGUAUAAAUCGAUCCGGGUCGGUGUCCCAUGCACGCUCAGGUGUGGCUACGCUGUUCAGACAAGACUCCAACACAAACUACACAGAAGCACCAAA